AUGGUUGAUUGGAAAACCUCGAAGGAAAUAAAGGCAGAAGGCAUCGCUUUCACUAAGGUGGUCUAUGUGCUGUUUGGAAUUUACAUAUGGGAAAUCUGCACGACUGGCGGAUUCGAGUUAUCUGUGUUCUUGGGUAGGCGCAAGCUGGCUUGGCCUUUGGUGCUUUUCUUCUUUCUGUGCCGUUACAGCAUGCUCUUUUCUUUCAUUGGAUUCAUGACGCUUUGGGAGUGGGAACGUCGGGCAGUUCUGUCGAUGCUUGCCUUGUCAUUUGGGAAGUGUGCGAUCCUAAUUGGCACCAUAAUGACCGUGCAAGCAUCGUGGGAUUACCAAGCUGGAGCUUGUAUAGUUGUCAGGACAAAUCAUAUCCUCUUGAACCUGAACUACACCUACACCAUGUCAUUUGACUUUUUGAUUUUGGUGAUGACACUAUUCGUUCUCAGAAAACGUUUCAGGCAUGAAGAUCUUUCGGGCCUUCUCCGUCGUGAUGGCUUGGUUUACUUCCUCAUCACAUCGACCUGCAACACCAUUCCAGCUGUCUUAGCUGCUCUCAACCUCAAUAGUGAGCCAGCCAUGUUGCAAUGUUUUGGGAAUCAAACCUGA